UCAAUGGAUAGUACCACCAACUACCAAGCCAAGUGCAUUGAUGAAAAUGAUGGAUAAUAUGGGUAGUGAGGGUCCUGUCCGCGGAGAGUGAGGAGCAGCAAAGCCAGGGGUGAGAGAGAGAGAGCUCCGGCAAACACUCCCAUCACUGAUAUACCUGUCUGUCCACCCGUUGCACCCAAAAAAGCGAAGAGAACGAGAUAAUCGUGCCUCGCCACGGGGGCAAUAAUACCCCGUUUGCGCCCUCUCCCGGCCCUCUUUCGUUUGUCUGUAAUCACCUCUCCAACAGAUUUUUGGGGUUCUGGAAGGUACCCCCCUGAGCCUCGAUCGGUACCCCCACAACCCCCCCCCCCCCCCAAAAAAAAAAAAAUACGAAAGAAAAGAAAAGAAAAUUAUUAAAAAACAAAGGUAAAGCUGCAUAUAGAAAUACGGGAUCGGGUGGGUACGUACCUGUUCAACAUUGAAAUGCGCAGGUGACACCAGGAGAUCUGAAGAUUCCACUUGUGGGUGGUAAUGGCUUUGAUGCAACGAAACAUGUAUACGAAUCCACUCCCUCCGCAGCUCUCCGACUCCAACAGGCGUAUCAUCGGUGACCCAAAUGGUUCCCCGUCCCUGCGUGUUUAUCAACUUUGGAAAGGAAACAAUAGAUUCUGCCUCGGAGGCAGGCUUAUAUUUGGUCCAGAUGUGAGGUCCAUAUUCCUUACGCUGUUUCUGAUCGUGACCCCAGUGGUCCUGUUUUGUGCCUUUGUUUCUCGGAGCCUCAUUCAUGAGUUCCACCACCACCAUCUGGGCAGAAUUGUUGUAGCUAUAUGCGCUGUCUUCACUCUAUAUGUUAUAAUUCUCCUCUUCCUUACAUCUGGAAGAGAUCCUGGCAUCAUUCCUCGUAACCCACAUCCUCCAGAACCCGAAGACGAAGGCGAUAGCUCAGGUAUCUCUGCUGAUUGGCCUGGAAGUCAAAGUGGUGCGCCAAGCUUACCACCUGUAAAAGAUGUUAUGGUUAAUGGCAUGGUAGUUAAGGUCAAAUAUUGUCAAACAUGCAUGCUAUAUCGCCCACCACGAUGCUCUCAUUGUUCUAUUUGCAAUAACUGCGUCGAGCGUUUUGAUCACCACUGCCCAUGGGUGGGACAGUGUAUUGGGAAGAGGAAUUACAGAUUCUUCUUCAUGUUUGUGUCCUCCACAACCAUUCUAUGCCUAUAUGUUUUUGCCUUCUGCUGGGUCAACGUUAGGAAAAUAAUGGACGCAUACCAUUGUAAUCUCUGGAGGGCUUUUCUGAAGUCCCCUGUUUCAGGAAUCCUGGUUUUAUAUACAUUCAUAGCUGCUUGGUUUGUUGGAGGUCUUACCGCAUUUCAUCUCUAUUUAAUUAUCACCAAUCAGACAACAUAUGAGAAUUUCCGGUACAGGUAUGAUGGGAAGAUGAAUCCUUAUAACCGCGGGUGUGCCCUCAAUAUUGUGGAAAUCUUCUAUUCUAAAAUUCCCACGUCUAAGAACAACUUCAGGGCAAAGGUAAAGGGGGAUGCAUCUUCCGUCUUCACCACUUCCAUGUCAAUGCGCAAUGCAAUGAGCCCAGAAAUGCCCAAAACAAGCUUUGACAUAGAGAGUGGAAAACGGCAAGCUGUUGCUGCUGAAGAUUUUGAAGAAAUACAGAGUCAGAUUGACAGUGUUGGUGGAUUGGAGAGGUGCGGAACCCAGCCAAGACACGCAAACUGGGAUCACAAAGCGAACUGGGAGAUCUCACCUGAUAUACGAAUGUUGGCUGCUGACUUUGCAAUGGAACAAGGUUCGACAGAGAGACAGAAAAUACAUGGAGGCCACUAACCAUGGCUUUUGUGGCCUAAGCUAUUUGUGCUGAGGGUAAUAGUUUGAUCUUAGAGCCAAGAUAAAUUUUUUAACCUGGCUGAUUGAAAUUGGUUACUGAAGUGAUGCUGAACUUAAAGAAAAAUUCUACAGUUGGAACAAUGUUUCGCCACACUGUUUUCUUUUAUAGGAAGAAAUGCACUGGUUCAGUUAAAAUGUGAAGAGGCACAUGUACAUCAAACUGCUGUCGUGGAUACUUGGGGAGAGUGUUUUGCUAUAUGUAAGUGUCUCUUCUGGGAAUUUGGUUGGGUGUUGAUAAUUGUUAAGUUGCUGGAUAAGUUAGCAAUGAUGCUGAAAAACCAAACGCCUCAUAUUAUAAGCUUCUAAUUUACUCUAUAAUAUACGUUCUAAUUUACUUGA